GUUCGGCUCCUGGCGUCUGAAAAGCCUAAGACUCAAAAGGUACCUACCUACCCUGCUAUGUCGGCCACGCAGGAAAGUAUGUGGAACCAAUCGAGAGCUCUCACUGCCUCAACCCGCUCGAGCUCUCAGAUAAUACGGAAGCUUCUUUUUUCAACCUUUCCAGUGCCAGAGUAUUUGGUCGACAGCCCUGCCGCCUCCAUAUCAUCACCGAGCAUCACAUCUACACACGCCAAACCCCAAGGAACGCCAUCUCUGUUUAUUUACGCUGCUGGCCCUCGCUGCCAUGCCUCCCAAAAAGAAGAUGCGCAGCAGCGUUUCUGCUGUCGCAACGCCAACACCAGCCCGCGACGAUGAUGCCAUGGAUGUCGAUACCCCAGCUGCAGACACUCCUGUGGCGAGUGCGCCUCCGAUAAAGCCUUCUGCGGAUGAGUGGCCGAAUAAUCUGUGGACCGACGAUCAACUUUCAUCACUCUACAAAGGAGUCAUCCGGUGGAAACCAGCGGGCAUGCACAAACACUUCAGAAUGAUUGCUAUCAGCGAGCACUUGCGGAAUCACGGUAUUGAUCCCGACUUCUACACCCACACACGCAUACCCCAUAUCUGGACGAAGCUUCGUACCUUGUACGAUCUUAAGACGAUCGACCAGCGAGAAGACUUUUACGACGCCCAAGAAGAUGACAACUACGACGACCGAUUCAAAGAGUUCUCUCUUCCAUACGACGAGUUCGACGAUAUGAUGAUGGAGCGCCGCCUCGCCGAUGCCAGCGAACCUCCAACCUCACCACCCGAAUUCGAGCUCACGCCGCCACCGCCCUCUCCCGGUGGUAGCAACGCUGGCGGAAACACCAGACGGAGAAAGCGCGCUUCCACAAUUACGAAGACUCGCGCUAGCACCGUCGAAGAUACGGAAGACGCUGGCACAGACACUGCAUCGCCGCCUCCAAAAUCGGCGCGGGUGGCCAGGAGUCAAAAGAGGGCCGCUGGCAAGGCUAAAGCCGAGAAAGCUGAGAAGGUCGAAGAGCCAGAAAAGCCAAAGAAAUCCGGGAAGCCAGAAAAGGCAGAGAAACCCAAAAAGGGCGGCAAAGCUGGCAAGGCUGAAAAGGCCGACUCGACGAACUCGGAAGAUGACGAUGAUGACGACGACGAGAACUCGGGCGGGGAUGAGGACGGCUCGGACUCGAAUGAAGAAGAGCAAGAUGAUCGCAAUGAGGGCGAAGACGGUGAAGAUGGAGACGAAGGAGACGAGGAAGAGGAAGGUGAGGGGAGCAACUCUGGUGAUGGUAGCGGCUCUGGUGAUGCCGGCGACUCUGGUGGCUCUGGAGAUUCCGAUGAGGGAGACGAAGAGGAAGAAGAAAGCGCCGAGGACAGCGGGACACCGGUAUCGCGUUCAACAAGAGGGGCUGCUCGAGGUCGUGGCAGAGGCAGAGGCCGAAGUAGAGGACGGGGUCGGGGACGUUAGUAACGAGGCCGGGUGCGUUAGCAUGAGUCGACUGCUACUUGACCCACGAAAGCAAACAAUCUGGCGGCUGUCCAUCCAGGCCUAGUGGGAUAAAGAUACCCGUCGCGAUCUGCGACUUAAAGAAUGUUCCACUCGGCACGAGCGU